CCACAUCAAAAAAAAAAAAGAAAAGAAAAGCCCUUAGCCAACAAAGAAGCCCAGCUGGAGCAUAAAGAAGCCGGUGGGUAAUCUUUCUCGCCACCGGCGAAACACCCAAACACCGGCGUCGAGUUAGACAAGCUCGCAACCAUUAAAGGUUUCAACUUUUUGGUGUUAGAUGAAAUUGGAGAAAAGGGCAAGAAAAGUAAAACAAUGUCAAAAUCUCAGAGUGCAGCUAAAGAACAUAAAAAGCAGCUUGAAAGGCUUCAGAAAAAGGACCCAGAGUUCUAUCAGUAUUUGCAACAACAUGGCAAAGACCUUCUUACGUUUGAUGAUGAGGAUAUUGAUGAUGAUGUUGAUGUUGACAUGGAAGAUCCAGAAACCCAGUUGGAUGAUGAGACUCAUGAGCAUGAUAUCUCUGAGGAGGGGGAGAAACCGUCCAAAAAUGUUAUAACUACUGCAAUGGUCGAUUCUUGGUGUAAUUCAAUUCGAGAGGAUGGAAAACUAAGUGCGGUUCGUUCUCUUAUGAGAGCUUUCAGGACUGCUUGUCACUACGGUGAUGAUACUGGGAACGACUCAUCAGCAAAGUUUAGUGUCAUGUCCAGCAGUGUAUUUAACAAGAUAAUGUUGUUUACACUAUCUGAAAUGGAUAGAGUUCUCCGCAAAUUGUUGAAACUUCCUGCUUCUGGUGGAAAGAAAGAGACCAUAAAUGAGCUAACGAACACAAAACAAUGGAAGAGCUACAACCACGUAGUGAAGUCAUAUCUUGGAAAUGCCUUACACGUUUUGAACCAAAUGACUGACAUGAAAAUGAUAUCAUUCACUUUACGGCGUCUCCAAUAUUCAUCUGUCUUUUUGGCCGCUUUUCCAAGCCUUUUGAGGAAAUACAUUAAGGUCGCACUUCACUUUUGGGGUACAGGAGGCGGUGCUCUCCCUGUUGUCUCCUUUCUAUUUCUUAGAGAUCUUUGCGUUCGCCUAGGAUCUGAUUGCCUAGAUGAAUGUUUCAGGGGAAUAUACAAGGCCUAUGUUUUGAACUGCCAGUUCAUGAAUGCAGUAAAAUUGCAGCACAUCCAGUUUCUUGCCAAUUGUGUCAUAGAACUUAUUCAAGUGGACCUUCCAGCUGCAUAUCAACAUGCAUUUGUUUUCAUCCGACAAUUGGCAAUGCUUCUGCGGGAUGCACUCAAUAUGAAAACCAAGGAAGCAUUCCGAAAGGUUUAUGAGUGGAAGUUCAUGAACUGUCUUGAACUUUGGACUGGUGCUAUUUGUGCCUACAGCUCUGAAGCUGAUUUUAAACCCCUUGCUUAUCCAUUGACCCAAAUUAUUUCUGGGGUUGCCCGUCUAGUUCCAACUGCUCGAUACUUUCCGCUGAGACUUAGGUGUGUUAGAAUGCUCAACCGGAUUGCUGUGUCUACUGGUAAUUUUAUUCCUGUUUCUAUGCUUCUUUUGGACAUGCUGGAGAUGAAAGAAUUAAAUAGACCUCCCACUGGCGGUGUUGGCAAAGCUGUUGAUUUGCGUACAACACUGAAGGUAAGCAAGCCCAUUCUGAAGACACGAGCCUUUCAGGAGGCAUGUGUAAUUUCUGUGGUUGAAGAGCUUGCUGAACAUUUAGCUCAAUGGAGCUAUUCUGUUGCUUUCUUUGAAUUGUCUUUUAUUCCAGCUCAGAGGCUGCGUUCCUUCUGCAAAUCUACUAAAGUUGAAAGAUUUCGCAAAGAAAUGAGGCAUCUUAUUCGUCAGAUUGAGGCUAAUACUGAGUUUACUAAUAAAAGGCGUGCAUCAAUUACAUUUCUACCAAAUGAUCAAUCAGCAACUUCUUUUCUUGAGGAUGAAAAGAAGGUGGGGACUAGUCCUCUCUCACAAUAUGUCGUAACUCUGCGCCAAAGAGCACAACAAAGAAAUGAUUUAAUGAUGGAAUCCAGUGUUCUCGUGGGUGAAAAGUCUGCUGUCUUUGGGAGUAAGCUUGAUCGAAUACCAGGUAGUGAUGAAGAAGAUGAUAUCAGGAACGAGGAUGAGGAUGAGGACGGUGCUUCUGUUUUUAGUUCCUCCUGGUUACCAGGAGGUGAUAUCAAGGCCAAGCUUCCUAAAGAGGAGGAGAAGAAGAAGAAGAAAAAGAAGAGAAAGAUGGAACAAGAGGAAGGGGUUGGUGUAGAUGAAGAUAUUGUGGAAGACUUGGUACUUAGUUCAGAUGAAGAUGCAUCUUUGAGUGACUCUCCAUCCACUGAGGAAGAUGACAGCGAAGAGCAGCCGGGCAGCAGACAGCAGAGCAAGAAGCAAAAACUAGAGAAUAUGUCAAAGAAGAAUGUAAGAUCUCAUGCAAAUAAAUCAAAGAAGAGAAGAAGAUCUGGUUGAGGAAACAUUGUCACUGACCAUUCCUAUGGUCCUUGUACGUGUUGGUUAUUUGAUUCUUGUUUUUAAUCUCUUUUUGAUAAUGGGUUAUUGAUUUUUCCAUUAAUUUAUAUAUUACUGAAUUUCUUGUGUUUA